AUGCCCCUCCGGCUCACUAUCUUCUUCAUAACCAUCUAUGUGCUCAAAUCCUUGAGAGUAAUUAUGCAGAGGAGCUUAAUGUUUGCAGUGCUGGACAGAGAGUGGGUGCAGGCCAAAAGGCUGUCAUCGGUGGACUUGAGUCUCAUAUGCCUGGGUAUUUGCUGCUUCUGUCUACAGUGGGCAUCUGUCCUGUACAAUUUUUGCUCCUAUUUUAACCCUAACUAUGUAUUUUGGUACUUAUCAAUCACCUGAGAAUUUACUAAUACUCUUACUUUCUGGCUAACCAGCUUGCUUGCUGUCUUCUACUGUGUCAAAGUCUCUUCCUUUACCAGUCACCUCUUCUAGCUGAGGUGGAGAAUGUUGAGGUUUGUUCCUUGGCUGUUGCUGGGUUCUUUGUUGGUUUUUUGUGUGUCAAUCAUCUUUUCAACUAUUAGGAAUUGUGUCAAUGUUCGCUUAAUCACCGUGGGCCGUUUCUCUACAAACAGCACUAUGGUUAAGGGACUUAAGACAUUCCAUUUGUUUACCAUAUCUCAUCUAAUGGUUGCAUUGGUUAUUCCUUUCCUCCUGUUCCUGGCCUCCACCAUCCUGCUCAUGGCCUCACUGUUCCAACACAUGGAGCAGAUGCAACACCAUAGCACUGGUCACUGCAUGAAAGCUCACACCACUGCCCUGAGGUCUCUCACCAUCUUCCUCGUCCUCUUCACCUCUUACUUGCUAACCCUACUCAUCUCUAUUAUGAGUAUCUCAUUGGAUAAGAGGUCUUGGUUCCGGGCUUGGGGAGCUGUCAUCUGUGCUAUAGUCUCUAUUCACGCCGCUUAA